AUGCGGUCCUCCAUUGUCCUUAAGGCUGUUUUUGUCAGCGUCCUCUGUGUGGCAGUGAAUGGAAAGGUAUUUAAUUGGUGUGAACUGGCAAAGAAGCUGAAGAUAUCUGGGUUGGAUGGAUACCGAGGGUACAGUCUGCCAAACUGGAUAUGCAUGUCGUUCUAUGAGUCUCGUUUCAACACUCGGGUGGUGAACCGCAACAUGGACAAGUCCAGAGAUUAUGGGAUCUUCCAGAUUAAUAGCUGCUGGUGGUGCAAUGAUGGGAAGACACCACGCUCCAAAAAUGCAUGCAACGUACCCUGCAGCCUUCCUUUAUCCCUCCUCGGCCUGCUGGAUGAUGACAUUACCGAUGAUAUCCAAUGCGCAAAGCAUGUGGUGAGGGACCCAAAUGGAAUGAAGGCAUGGUAAGGGCUCUUAAUGUGCAGUUUAUUCAAGGUCCAUCCUGCCACUCGCAUUGAAUGUUGUACAGUUGUGUCCAGCAUCGAAAUAUUUAGCAUA